AUGGCAUUUCGUAGACCACAACCCCCUAAUCAAACAACUCAUAGAUCAGCUACGGAUAAAGAACUCGAGCUAGAACAAAUUAACCAAGAACUCCGGGAGAUAUUACAAUCAGAGGUAGCCAUCAACAAGUCGAAUAAGAAAUAUAUAAAGGAUCUGGAACGUAAAUAUACCCGGUGUGAGAAUGAAAUUCAAUCUCUCAAUAAAGAGCUGGAACGUCUCGAGAAUGCUUCGGAGAAAGAAAAGGCAGAGUUGAGAUCGGAAAUAUCAUCCCUUAAAAAAAGCUUAUAUCAAGCUAAAAAAGAGGUCCGAGACAAGAUAUUUUAUAUCGAUAGUAUAGAGAAGCAAUUACAAGAAUCGAAAGAGCGGGUUCAAAAUUUAAGGCAUAGAUUCAAAGUUAUUUCUUCUCGAAGAAGCUCUCCAAGUUUAUAUAAUUCAAAAGAGGAAGACGUAGAUAUGGCGAAUCUUGACCUUUUUAUACAAAUCGAACGAGGCUUGACUCGUAUUGAAAAACACCUUAGAGGCGCUGGAACACCGUUAAAUAAUCCUAUGAAUAUUAUAAAUGGCAUUAGAGGUUCCUUAAAUACUGUUCAGCAUAAUUAUCAGUCUGCAUACCAGGAUAUAGACGGUGUUAUCGCUCAACGAGAUGACAGCAAUAAUCAGAUAGUCCAGUUACAGCAGGAUGUCAAUUUCUAUAGACAACAAAACGCUGACCUUCAGAAUCAAACCAAUCAACUUAUUCAAGCACGAGAUACCUUGCAAAAUCAUAUUAACCGACUUACACUAGAGCGUAACAAUUCUCAAAAUAAUCUUGCUUUAAUGACUACAGCUUAUAAUAAUGAGCGAACAGAAUGUUGUAGAUGGAGGGAGAUCGCUCAGCAAUUUGAAAGAGGAAUGCAGAUGCGGAUUAAUACUUUAUUACUUGAAAAAUUUACACUUAAUUUUAAACUCCGAAGGUGCCAAAGACAUGGUAGAGAAUUGCAACAAAAAUAUGAUAUGCGGGGACAAGAAGAACAAUUAUUACGACCCAGUCAAAUGGAACCAGGUAAAAAAUAUAGGGACCCAGACCUACGCUUGAAUGACCAAGAAUGGAUUCGAAUAGAUGAAGCAACAGAUCGUCUUAGUGCUUUAGCAGGUCCAUCUUAUCUGCAAACUUUUAUGGAUACAAUUAGUAAAGGAGUGAUAGAUAGAAUUACGCCUCUCUUACCUAAGAAGAAAAAAGAAACCUCUCUCAUUACUGAUGAUCCUAAAAAGAAAUCAGAUAUGAUUAUUGACUCAGAAAUUCGAAAAAUUAUUCUAGCCAUGUUUAACGAUCCAGAGGUUAUAGAAAUGAUUAAAAAUAAUAUUAAUAAUAUGAAUGUAUCUAUGACUCGAAGAGUUGCUCCUGAAGGGCUUGCAAAACCUGACUUUAUAAAUUAUCGAGAGCCGGCUCCGCCUUAG